AUGUCAAGUCAGAGAACUCCAUUACGGACCAGAGCUUCGUUUACAGGACCUAUAUCAUCCACCCCUUCCAAUCAAACUACGGUUCCAAGAGCCAGUUAUACCGAAUUAAGGCCUCCGUCUCGAACAUUCAGAACAUCAUCACCUCGAGUUGGUCCUUUAAGUAAUUCUCAAAUAUCACAAUCACAAUCUCGAUCAAGACCUGGUUCAGCUUUAGGAACAAUUGGAAGUAGUCGACCAAGUACACCUUCUUUCACUAGAAAUCAUGAACCUUAUACAGGUACUAUAACAGUAUCGAUAAGACCCAAUCCUCAUAGUUAUAAUCCUUCACAGUCAAAUGCUUGGGAAGUUGAUCAUUUUUCCAAUACCAUUACUCAUACAGGUGAUCUCAGUACUUUUUCAUUUGAUAAUGUUUUCCCACCUCGAAUUGAAUUAACGAAUAAAGAAGUUUAUGAUAAGAGUUGUUCCAAUAUCGUUCAGAAUUUCAUAAAUAAUGGUUAUAAUGGGACUGUAUUUGCAUAUGGGAUGACCGGGUCUGGUAAGACGUUUUCUAUGAAGGGUGAUGUGGGAGAUCCUGGAUUUGUAGAAUUAACAAUUGAUGAUAUUUUUAAUAAGAUUGAAACUGAUAAAUUUCAUAAAGAGUAUGAGAUAUCAGUUAAUUACUUGGAAAUUUAUAAUGAGAAAGUGAUUGAUUUAUUAGAAGUUAAUAAUGUGAUGAAUUCAGAUUUAAAAAUAAGAGAUGAUCCUAUUCAUGGGACAAAAAUAGUAGGGAUAUCAAAUCCAAUUAUAACUACUAAAGAUCAAUUAUUACAAUUAAUCAAGAAAGGGGAUAAUAAUAGAAAAACAAGUGCCACUGAUUUCAAUGCUCGUUCAUCAAGAUCUCAUUCCAUCCUUCAAAUAAGACUUUCAACUAUAGAUCUUAUAAAUAAAACUGAACAACAUGCUACCCUUUCAUUAUGUGAUUUAGCAGGUUCAGAAAGAGCAACUUCAAAUGUGGAAAGAAGAAAAGAAGGGGCAUUCAUUAAUAAAUCAUUAUUAGCAUUAUCAACUGUCAUAAGUAAAUUAUCCAUGAUGUCAAAUGGGAAUGGUAAUAGUGAACAUAUACCAUAUCGUGAUUCUAAAUUAACAAGAUUAUUACAACCUGCCUUAUCAGGAUCUUCAUUAAUUCUGAUCCUUUGUACGAUUCAUUUAGGUUCAGCUACAUUGAAUCAACUGUUUGUAGCAGAAACUUAUAAUACAUUAAGAUUUGCUACGAGGGCUAAAGAUAUUAUCAUAACCGUGGAAAAGAAUUCAACAUCAAAAUUAAGUGAUAGUGAUUCAUUUAAGAUUAUUGAAGAAUUAAAGAGAACGAUUGAAAAUCAAAAUAAUGAAAUAACGAUAUUGAAAUUGAAUACGAAUAAUGAUAGUCACAAUACUAGUCCAAGUAGUAGUGAAGAUUAUCCAAUGAUUGAUAAUUCCCGACUUUCAGAUCUUGAAGCCGAGAAUAGAAUAUUACAUGAGAAAUUAGAACAUUUUACAAGGUUGACAGAUUUACAAAAGACUGAAACUGUGAUAUUGAAAAAUGAUACUUUAAAUGAUAUACUAGGAUCAGGAUCUCAUUCGCUGCAAAUGGUAAUGGCUAAUUUUGAAGAAUAUUAUAAGAGGGUCAAUUAUGAAAUUGAAGAAUAUAAAGGAUACAUUAACCAUUUAGAAUCACAAUUGAAGCAUGCGUACGAACAGAAUGCUACCAUGCCACCCCAUAACAAUAAUAAUAAUAAUAAUAAUGAAUUACUGAAAUUUGCUAGUAAACAUUUUGAAGCUAUUUUGAAAGAUCAAGAAGAAGAAAUCCUACAAUUAAAGGAAAUGCUUAAAGAUAAAGAUCAUAUUAUCAAGGGAUUAACCAAGAGUACAAAGUUAAGACGAUUAGCAGAUUCAAACUCUGCUAACAUUAGCGUGGUAUCUCUGGGAUCUAAUAAUGAUCAUCAACUGGGCCCCAAACCAAUCGUUAAAAUGGCUAGUUCCAUGACCUCCCCCACCAGAUCCAACAAAGAAAACGAGAGAUACUUACGCGAGUUCAACAUUAGUCCUAGGAAACCCAAAGCUACCAUUGAUAUCUCUGAAACCAAUGGGAUUAAGUUCGUUAUAUAG